AAAUUCUGUCUGCGCCGAAGCCAGCGACGACAAUUUCACCCACUCGAACACAGCGCAGGAUAUCCAUUUCUUUGCGCAUUCAGUCCACACACAUCGCCAAAAUGGUUGCCAGAACAAAGAAGUCCGCCGCCGGCGCACAGAAGAAGGGCCAGAAGGUGACCAAGAAGUUCAUCAUCAACGCAACCCAACCAACCCAAGACCGCAUCUUCGACCCAUCCGCCUUCGCAACCUUCCUGCAGCAACGCAUCAAGGUCGAAGGCCGCACCGGUAACCUCGGCGACAACGUCACCGUCAACAACCUCGGCGAUGGACGCGUCGAGGUCGUCGCCCACCAGGAAUUCUCCGGUCGCUACCUCAAGUACCUGACCAAGAAGUUCCUCAAGAAGCAGCAGCUCCGUGACUGGCUCCGUGUCGUCAGCACGCAAAAGGGCGAAUACAGCCUCAAGUUCUUCAACGUUGUUGGGGAUGAGGCUGAGGAUGAUGACGAGUAGGAUGUUUCUGCCUUGUAAGAUGGAGGAUAAGUGGAGGAGAUGGAGAUUUCAGUAUGGUGGGGAAACAGGUUUUGCGCUCUCCAUGGAAGAGAUGCAGAAGUCUUGGUGAAGUCUAGCUGGAAUUCCAUACUGCUUCACGAAAUGAAACA